AUGAUUGAAACUUGUUCAAAAAGAUGCAUGUUACUGGGGACUAUUUCGUUAGGAGUACUUACUAUUCUGAUUCUUAUAUUAGAAUCUCAAUUAGCUGAUACUCUCUCUGGCAGCCAGAAGAUGAAAAACAAAACAUUUCCAACAGAAAAUAAUUCGACUUGCUGGCUACAUCAACCAUAUACUAUAAUUAAUGAAUGCCAUCCUUGUUCAGAUUUUGAAAUUCGAAGCAAAAGCAUCGGUGUUUGCAUACAUACAAGUUUUAAGGAAAUUUUAAAAUGUGCAAACGGUGAAACAGUAACUCGGAGCUGUGAUCGUGUUGCAUAUUUAGAAGAGAGAGCCUAUUGGAAAUUUACCAUCUGGUCAUUGGUCUUGGGCAUGGCAUCAUCAAUAGCUGUGAUGUUGAGAAUGAGGGUGUUGAAUCAUAAGGCGAAGCGACGAGCAAGACAAAUCCUUGCCAAUGGAUCUAUUUAA